AUGUCUUGCAAUUGCACCAUUGUCGUGGCCAUCUUUAUUGUUAUUAUCCUUGGUGCCGGUCAUGCCGUCACCGGCGCCCGCGUUGGCGCCAUGAUGAUCCGGCAGCCGUCCUCCUCGUCGGCCCAGAUGUUCAGGGAGGCGCCCGCGUUCUGGAACGGCGCCGAGUGCGCGGCGGACGGCGGCGGCAGGGUGGACAUCGCCAUGACGCUGGACGCCAACUACCUGCGCGGCACCAUGGCCGCCGUGCUCUCCAUCCUGCAGCACACGGCGUGCCCCGAGAGCAUGGUGUUCCACUUCCUCACCGCGGAGGUCGACGACCACGGCCUCGUCGCCGCGCUGCGCGCCUCCUUCCCGUCGCUGGACCUCCGAGUCUACCGCUUCGACCCGUCGCGCGUCCGCAACCGCAUCUCCCGGUCGGUGCGGCAGGAGCUGGACCAGCCGCUCAACUACGCGCGCGUCUACCUCGCCGACACGCUGCCCGCCGACGUGCGCCGUGUCACCUACCUGGACUCCGACGUGAUCGUGGUGGACGACAUCCGGACGCUGGCCUCCGUGGACCUCGCCGGGCACGUGCUGGCGGCGCCGGAGUACUGCCACGCCAACUUCAGCAACUACUUCACUGACGCCUUCUGGUCGCACCUGGCGCUCAACGGCACGUUCCGCGGCCGCCGGCCCUGCUACUUCAACACGGGGGUCAUGGUGAUGGACUUCGUCAAGUGGCGCGCCGGCGGGUACACGCGGCGGGUGGAGGAGUGGAUGGCCGUGCAGAAGCGGCGCCGGAUCUACCACCUCGGCUCGCUGCCGCCGUUCCUGCUGGUCUUCGCCGGGCACAUCCGGGCGGUGGACCACCGGUGGAACCAGCACGGGCUGGGCGGCGACAACGUCGAGGGCCGCUGCCGGGGGCUCCACCCGGGCCCCAUCAGCCUCCUUCACUGGAGCGGCAAGGGCAAGCCGUGGCUCCGGCUCGACACCCGGCGGCCAUGCUCCGUGGACUACCUCUGGGCACCCUACGACCUCUACCGGUACUCGUCGCCGGUGAUCGAGGAGUGGUGACCAUUCAGCAUUGCAGCACCUGAGGAGCUAGUAAUGGUAGGACAGUUCUUGCAUGCAGAGGGGAAGAGGCACAUGCAGAUGCAGAUCCAUGCACGCACGCGAGGAAAGCUUCAUCAGAAGACACAAUUGUGUUCUGUUCUUGGGGUACGUCUUCAUUGGAAGGCAGAACGAGGAGAAGGCCACAAGCUAUUUUUAUUUUAAU